AUGAAGAAUGUAAAAGUUGAGGCAAAAUGCAGACAAAUAGACGAGGACCUUAACAAACUUCACGAGAAGACAGAGAAAUGGCUGCUAGAAUUCAAUCCCAAGAAGUGCAAGCCUGGUGCUGUUUGUGCAUUGAUCUCCGCUGUGCCGUCACCCGUCACCACUGUGUCGUCACCCGUCACCACUGUGUCGUCACCCGUCACCACUGUGCCGUCACCCGUCACCACUGUGUCGUCACCCGUCACCACUGUGUCGUCACCCGUCACCACUGUGUCGUCUCCCGUCACCACUGUGCCGUCACCCGUCACCACUGUGUCGUCUCCCGUCACCACUGUGCCGUCACCCGUCACCACUGUGUCGUCACCCGUCACCACUGUGUCGUCACCCGUCACCACUGUGUCGUCUCCCGUCACCACUGUGUCGUCUCCCGUCACCACUGUGUCGUCUCCCGUCACCACUGUGUCGUCUCCCGUCACCACUGUGUCGUCACCCGUCACCACUGUGUCGUCACCCGUCACCACUGUGCCGUCACCCGUCACCACUGUGCCGUCACCCGUCACCACUGUGCCGUCACCCGUCACCACUGUGUCGUCGCCCGUCACCACUGUGUCGUCACCCGUCACCACUGUGUCGUCACCCGUCACGCUACUCCACUGUGUCGUCACCCGUCACCACUGUGUCGUCACCCGUCACCACUGUGUCGUCUCCCGUCACCACUGUGUCGUCUCCCGUCACCACUGUGUCGUCACCCGUCACCACUGUGCCGUCACCCGUCACCACUGUGCCGUCACCCGUCACCACUGUGUCGUCGCCCGUCACCACUGUGUCGUCACCCGUCACCACUGUGUCGUCACCCGUCACGCUACUCCCCUGUGUCGUCACCCGUCACGCUACUCCACUGUGUCGUCACCCGUCUAG